GUCUACCAGCCCAUGACACCCGUGGAGCAGCUCCCCAGCACCGAGAUACCCGCUCGGCCCCGCGAAUCCACCAACACCAUCCAGAUCUCGGUGUCGCUCACCGAGCACUUCCUGAAGUUCGCGCCCGCCUUCCAGCCCCCCCUGCCCCCCGACUCCCCCCAGCUCUGCACCAUCGCCGACCUCUUCAUUGACAACUACCGGGUGAAGUGCAUCAACGGGAAGAUGUGCUACGUGCAGAGGCAGCCGCCCCCCGCGCCCCACAGGGGGAAGCCCGAGGAAGCCCCCGUCGGCAGCAGCAACACCCCCAAACCCGAGCACUGCUCCUCCCCGGCCAGCUCAGAGGACUCUGGGAUCAACGCCGUGGGUGUUCACUACGUGGAGUCCUGUGACGAGGACACAGAGGGGGUGGCCGAGCUGAGCUCAGAAGAAGAUUACAGCCCAGACAGCAGCUGGGAACCAGAUGAGUGCCCCCUCUUGUCACCCUCGCAGUGCGAAAUGGAAGUGAUCGAGACUAUAGAGACCACUGUGUGA